AUAUCAUAUUUUUUUUGUCGACAUUGGAUAAUUUUCAUUUAAUGAAAAAGAUUAAUACGGAUCACAGUUUCUCUUUUUCGAUCCAAAUCCAAUACAUGAACAGCACUCAGAGUUAAAUAAUCUCACAACUCGGCCACUAUUUCUGCAAUUGCUGGUACUGAAUUUUAAGAGACCAAAUUCAAAUACUCGGAUCAUCCUCUCGACGAAGGGGGUUUUCUUCUUCCAAGGCUUCAGAUUCUCGAUAUCCAAAGAAUCGAGGAUGAAAGAAUCGAAAUCGGCAAAGUUGAAUCAGCAGCAACAUCAAUAUAAUCAUCAGAACAGCGUUCACUUGUCUCCAUCGAAACUGGCGAAUUUGUUCGAUCCCGAUGCUUCUUGGGACAAGGAUCAAUUGGGAGACGUGUUGCAUUGGAUCCGACAAGUGGUGGGAUUGAUCUGUGGAUUGUUAUGGGGCUCAAUUCCACUUGUUGGAGGCAUUUGGAUCAUCCUGUUUUUGGCGAUAUCGUCAGGGAUAGUUUAUGGUUACUAUGCAAUGAUUCUCAAGGUUGAUGAAGAAGACUUCGGAGGCCACGCAGCUUUACUCCAAGAGGGUCUCUUCGCGUCAGUUACUCUCUUUUUGCUCGCAUGGAUUCUUGUCUAUAGUUUGGCACACUUCUGAGAAAAAGCUGAGAAACAUUCUUUUUUACUCAGCAGCUAAUGCCAGUUUUGCAAUACCUGGGAGUCCCGGAACGAAUCUCUGUUUUUCUUCUUUUCCUUUUUGUAAACUGUGGGAAGAAAAAGGCUACAAGAGACAAAACGUUACAUAGUAAAACUUUUAUGAAUAUUUUGAAUGAUACAAACACCUUUCUAGUUUCUAAUAUCCUUCUU